UUUCCCUCACAAUUAGAGAGACCAAAACACACAAGAGGGCAACAAUUGGCAAGCUCCAUUCUCAUGGCUACCCAACACGGGAACCCUAUGCCGAACACUGUUUCGAUUGCGAGGACAGUCUCUGUACACCCGAAACCUACCAUACAACCUCCUAGUAAGCUCCUCGAGCUCUCCAACCUAGACCGGCAGUGCCCAGCACUCAUGUACCUGGUCUUCUUCUAUACAAGUCCCCGAAGGUCGUCACUCGGUCACGUGUUUGAUGGCCUGAAGAGUGGGUUGGAGGAGACGCUAAACGCCUGGUACCCGUCCGCUGGUAGGCUCAGGAGGGACCCGAAAGACGGAAACAAGCUCAACAUACGGUGCAACAAUGAAGGUGCAGUAAUGGUUGAGGCUUCUACAAGAGUGAAGAUCAAAGAGCUUGGAGAGCUCUCAGAGUAUACUGAGUUCUUCGAGAACUUGGUGUACAAGCCUCCGUUAGCUGAUGAGGACUUCUCGGGAAUGCCUCUUGUCGUUGUUCAGUGUAUGCAGGUGACUCGAUUUGGAUGUGGAGGCUUCUCCAUAGGAAUUGGAAUAAGCCACUCAUUAUUCGAUGGACCAGCAGCUUACAAUUUUCUUAGCGCAUGGUCUUCCAAUUCGGCUGUUUCAAAAGAAAAGAAAGGUAUAGAAGUCCCUUUGCCAGUCCAUGACCGAGGAAAGUUGUUAUUCUUUACCUCGCAAGCCCAAAGGGACAAUCCUGCCUCAGGUAAGAAGAGUCCUAACCAAGCAACAACCAGGGCUACAGCCAUAGAUCAUCUAUAUCAGUUGAUCAUGAGCACGGCCACAGACCCGAAUGGUAGUCUGUCGAGCACGGGGUGUAUGAGAUUCGUUCACAAGACAUUUCAUUUGAGUGGAGAGGCCUUAGAAAGCUUGAAGAAGAGAUGCAUUAGUGAGAAGAAAGAAAGCUUCUCAUGUUCAUCAUUUGAGGUGGUUGCAGCUCACAUAUGGAAGGCAAGGACCAAGGCUUUAGGAAUAAAGAAGGAGACAAUGGCGUGCCUCCAAUUCCCCGUUGAUGUGAGGAACAAAAUGUCUCUGCCGCUUUCCAGGGGCUUCACUGGCAAUGCUUACGUGCUAGCAUCCGUCAUGUUAACAUGCAAAGAAUUGGAACAGUCGAGCUAUGAAGGCAUAGCCAGGAAGAUAAGGGCAGCCAAAAACUCAGUGAAUGAGGAAUACGUGAAGGCAUACAUUCAAGCACUCCAAGGUUCACAAGAAAAUAAUAGUCUGCCCCCUUUGAAAGAACUAACAAUUGUGUCUGACUGGACGAGAAUGCCCUUCCACAGAGUCGAUUUUCUCGGUGAGGAGGCAGUUUAUGUCUCUCCCCUUGUCCCUCCGGUACAACAAGUUGCUUGUUUGAUGCAAAAUCCUAGAGACAAUAAGGGGAUCGACAUUAGAAUUGGGUUGUUUCCGCAUAUCGUAGAUGCUUUCUCGAGCUACUUAACGACUCUGGAGUCAUAGAAAUGUUUAGAAGCAGAAAGAGUGUUGGUGUUAGAUGCUGAUAUGUCUCAGAAGCUGCUGUGUUAAUUUUAUCUUUAUCGUUCUGCUUUAUUAAGCAGUUGUGUUUAUCUGCAUUUAAGUCAUUAGGUUGCACUAUCUUUUACUGUUACUUUUAGUAGCUAUUUUUAAGGUUUGUAGGACAGGUGUGCAGAAUUAUACUUUAGCGCAGUUUCUGUCCUGUCUCUCCUUUUAUGUUUGUUCCUUGUACUCAAAACUCUGUUUUGCAGAGGGUGACUAUACGUUUCCUCUCUUCCUUCA